AUGAUCUUGUUCGUCAGCAUUAUUUUAAUGAUUCUAGCAAAUGGUCGAGAUUUCUGUAUUCCAACACAAGACAUUGAGCCGCGUAAGUUUUUUUUCUAGAGGCUGUUAGCCUUGUAGAGCGAUGGGAUGAAUUUGAAAUUUUUAGCCACCACACCAGAACCCACCUCGACCACGACAACUACGACAACCACAACCACAACUACCACAACUACUACAACAACUACCCCAGUUCUCUCGUGCAUCACAACUGAUUGGACAUUGAUCGACCGAGGCACCUACUCUUGGUGUAUCCGAGUAUACUGGGGCUAUACCACCUAUCUCGACGUCGAUUCAGUUUGUCCAACUCUCCACACAGACGCAGUGCGAAGUGGUUUUCAAACAGCCAGCGAAAUCGGAGUGGCAAGUGCAGCCGCGUUAGCAGAGCGCAAUUAUGUGCAACGUAUUUUCCUGGGCGCCCAGCGUGUAUCCUCAUGUGACUACCAACCGUUGAACGCAGUUUGCUCCGGAACCACUGCGUUUGUAUGGAAUGAUGGUGUAACAACUGGGACUGAUGGGUUCGUAUGAGCUGGAGGUCAGCCGGAUAAUUUGUUAUACAAUUCGGGAACUGGAUUCUCGCAAAGAUGGGCGGUGAUGAAUACAGUUACUGCAUUGAUGGAUGAUAUUGGUAACGAUGAUCCAGUACACGGUGUUUUAUGUGGAAUGAAAGCCGAGUAUUAUUGA